ACAACCUCGCUGCUGUGUGCCCCUUGACCUUCUGUGAAUUGUAUAUAUAGUCACCCAAGUUAUCAGAGUUCUCCUGGCAGCCAACAUGAGGGUCUUAGAUUUGAUCUGGUGUUUCAUCUCUCUACUGGCCCUGGCCAUGACAGUAGAGGAUGAGGAGGUAUUGGAUUCUGUACUGAGAGACAGAUCCCACAUUGAUGAGACAUUACGACUGGCAGCAGAGGAGAAUGCAGGAAAUUACGCGGCUGCUUUGCAGAAGCUGAGAAUGACCUACCACAAUUCCAUCAGGCCUAUGGAACAUGCCUACAAAUACAAUGAGCUCAGGCAACAUGAAAUCUCAGCUUAUCCGGGACGUACCCUGGGGGAUUCAGCCACAGAUGGAGAGAUCACCUCUAAACCCAUGGUCCUGUUCCUUGGUCCCUGGAGUGUGGGGAAAUCCUCCAUGAUAAACUAUUUGCUGGGGCUUCAAGACACUCCUUAUCAGUUAUACACAGGAGCUGAACCAACUACUUCUGAGUUCACUGUGAUCAUGCACGGUGAAAAAGUCCGGUCUGUAGAGGGCAUUGUAAUGGCUGCUGACAGCUCUCGUUCUUUCUCUCCCCUGGAAAAAUUUGGCCAGAAUUUUCUGGAGAAGUUGAUUGGUAUUGAGAUGCCUCACAAGCUCCUGGAGCGUGUAACAUUUGUGGAUACACCAGGAAUCAUAGAGAACCGCAAACAGCAGGAGAGAGGGUAUCCCUUUAAUGAUGUGUGCCAGUGGUUCAUUGACCGUGCUGACCUAAUAUUUGUGGUAUUUGACCCCACCAAGUUGGAUGUUGGCCUUGAGCUAGAGAUGCUCUUCAAACAACUGAAAGGUCGAGAGUCACAGAUACGCAUCAUCCUCAACAAAGCUGAUAGCUUGGCCACUCAGGAUCUCAUGCGUGUGUAUGGUGCCUUGUUCUGGAGCCUUGCACCACUUAUUAAUGUGACUGAGCCCCCACGUGUGUAUGUCAGCUCCUUCUGGCCCUAUGACUAUGCCCCUGACACCAGCCGUGAGCUCUUCAAGCGUGAGGAGAUUUCUCUCCUGGAAGACUUAAACCAGGUGAUAGAAAAUCGGCUAGAGAAUAAGAUUGCCUUUAUUCGUCAACAUGGCAUUCGUGUACGCAUCCAUGCCCUGCUAGUGGAUCGCUAUGUGCAAACAUUCAAGGAGAAGAUGAGUUUCUUCAGUGAUCCUGAAUUGGUAUUUAAGGAAAUUGUGGAUGAUCCAGAUAGGUUCUAUAUCUUCAAGUCAAUCCUGGCUAAGACCAAUGUCAGCAAGUUCGACCUGCCCAACCGUGAUGCAUACCGUGACUUCUUUGGCAUCAACCCAAUAAAUAGUUUUAAGCAGCUUUCUGCCCAGUGCUCUUAUACAGGUGGCUGCUUACUGGAUAAGAUUGAAAGGGCAAUUACCACUGAUUUGCCAGGACUUCUGAGCAGCAUCCACUCCAAUAAGAACCCUACACUCUCCUCCUGUGAGGCAACUGGCUGUGGAGAGAAGCCCAAGAAUCGCUACCGACGAAACUGAGAGAUUAAAGAGAGAGAAACAUGAUUAAAGGAAAAAGGGUUAAUAUUGGUAGUACAGGAGAAGUAGACACACAUACUGCUUUUGCCACAGGCAGAAUUGGGGGGUGGGGGAAUGGGGGCACCAGUGGUAAGAAUAUUUUGAUAAAACCUUUUUUGGGAACUGCAUUAAUGAACUGUUCUAAGUUUGGAAAGGAUUUUUUUUAAUCCUGGGGAAAAUUAUAGCUGACAUACAAAAAAAUGUGAGAUUGAUACAUUCAUUAUGAGACUGACUAAUACUUUCAGUAUAAACUGUUUUGUCUAUGAGUAAGAUUAGAAAAACAAUAUUGACAAAUUUGUAUGAAAUCUAGAUGGUUGUGGUUCUUUAAACAAAGUGUCUAUAAAAAGAAAGAACAAAGUGUUUUUUUUGUUUUUUUUACAAGUGUCAGUUAUAUUUGCAGACUCGUGACAGGAUUGGUAUACUGUUAUAUCAUGUUAUAUUCUAUUUGGGGAAAUCACUGUGCUGAAGGUUUAGUUAGUAGAAUUUAAUGGGGCACAUAUUCAUACAUUUUUACUUAAUUUCUUUAAACAAAUUGUAAUAGCAAAUUAGCUCUAUUUAUAAAUAUUUUUCCACAUGAAGAGAACUCUUCUGCAACAUUCAGUUGAAUGUCAUAUUGAGAAAAUUAUUUAGUUUUCUAUAUUUCAGGCAAUUUUUCAGAGAAACUUCUUUUAAAAUGCUUAAUUGGCAUAUUUCUAGUCCAUGUGUUUUAACCAUGUGA